AUGGCACCAAAGAAGAAGAGAGCAAGGAAGCAGAAAAGGAGAAACUACGAUGAGCCUGAAAAUGCUUCACAAUCUGAGUCAACCAAUCUCAACAACACGUCAGAUUCUUGGGACUGCCCUACUUCUGCUAGAAAGAAUUCAACUAAGAAUUCUAAAGAGGUUUCUAAUCGCCGCCGCCUCAGCACCUUAAGAUCUGCUUCAAAGCCUAUUCAAAAUGGAAUCACAACUUUGUCAAGAGGGCCUUCUUCUGCUCCUGAUGUCAUCCAACUAGUCGAUAAUCCGGCCUGGCCUAUCGAUUUGGAGUAUCAAGGUUUAGGAAAAGAUUCUGAUAAAAAUGAAUCCCCUUCAAGAAAACUGGUAGCAUUUGUUCAUCCUCCAACAUUGGAGCGAAUCCACGAGACUUUGGAAGAUGAAAUAACAAGUGAUAAUCCAAUCCCAUCAUAUAGCUCCAAACUAUCUGAAAUGGUUGCUAUGAUGGGAAAUGAAAAUGGUGAUGAUGAGGUUGAAUCUGAUGUACCGAGCCGUCCUGAGGACUUGGUUAAUGGAUAUCAUGUGAAGCUAGAAAUCAGGCCAAUAUUAAGAAGAAUAAUAGACAGACAUGGAGAUAUUGCUCAGAAUUGUGUGACGGGAUCAGUGAAACACAGAUCAGAAUUGUUGGAGAUUAUCUGUGGAAUCAUACUGGAUUUCGAAAAGAAAGAUGUUCGCAGUAUCAAAGAAAGUUUUUUGAGAAACAAGAUUGCUCUGGUAGAUGGAUUAAGAAAUAUGAAAGUGGAAGUUGAAUGGCUGCACAAGAGUCUAACUGAGGUGCUGGAGGCAAAGGAGCUUCUUAUGAAGUCUAGCAAUCUGAAACAGAAAGUAGCUAAGAAUAGGAAACUUGUGGAACAGUCUGAGCUCGAGUUAGAAGAAUGUGAAGCGCAUAAGAAGGAACUGUCUGAGAAGCUGAAAGCAGUAUGUGAGAAAGAAAUUCUUUGCAAAGAGAAUCUGGCCAGAGCAAAGGAAGAGUCUGCUACUACAUCACAACUAGUCGGGUUUGCCAUAACUAAAGUCGGACGCUUUCUUAAUUGCUCAAUGGUUGAUGCUUUGAUUUAG